UUCAACCUAACUUCACGGAACUUGUGCAACAAUUCCCCCUUCCUUAUUAGCAAAAGCCUGCCUACAUGAGACACUCUAAGCUACCGCAGCACGUAUUCAAUAUGUUAUGCAAGUGGUUUAGCCAUUACCAGGAGCUGUAUCACUAUCACCAGUUCCUUAUUGACAGCAUAUUCGUUUAUGAGUCAGAGUUUCUGGAUAAUAUGUUACAGAGUCGACUUUGGGAUGUAGAAACAGCAGCACUUGCAUGGAAUAAAAGGAAAUGUAAUGACGUUUAAACGUCCCAUUCCAGUGAGAUUCUUAGUACUUAUUGAUAGAGAAUGCGAAUUUCUGGCGAUGGAAGUGAACCAGAAAGCAAUUGUUUUAUAACCCCUUUGCUGAGCAUCGUUUUUCUUUAAUAGAUAUUUGGACACGUUGCUGUUAUGAAUUCUAGCUAUUUGCUUGAUAUAGUUUUUGCGUUUGGAGUCGUUAUUUCAGCGGUACAAUCAUCAAGCUCAUUGGACAGUUGGAGCACGUGGUCAUCAUGCAGUGUGACGUGUGGUUCGGGGGUUGCCACCCGUCGUUGGAAAUGUUCAGGAAUAAACUGCAACCAAACAGUCGAAACCAAACCAUGUUUUCCAGAAUUUUGCCCAAGUUACUUGACCUGGCCCCGGAUAAAUUUCAGCGGUACAAUGAUACUCGACCCUAACACUGUAAACAAUGAUCGCUGCAGUUACCAAAACUCAGCCUUCUCAGAUCAGUAUAUACAUCCCACGAACGUAUUGUUGGAAAGGAAAAACUCAACGUUUGUUCGGUAUAAAUCCUCCUUGAAUAAUUGGAACACUGUUGGGACCGGACAUGUCUACUUUGUCAACACUACGGUCAAAUCAAUUUGUACUGGACCAGGAUCCUGUAAAACCAAGCUUGAUUUGAUUGGGUCGCCAUUUAAAGAGACAACUCGUGGCCAGCUGUCGGACAUUGACGUAGAUUGGCAAGUUUCAUGUGAAGUGUGGGGUCUGGGGGUUGAAAUACCUGGUGUAUUUAAAGGCAAAGUUGAAGGUGCUUCUGCAUGGUUAGAAGACACAAGGACAGCUAAAGUUGACAAAAAGGCUUAUGGUUACGCACAUGGUGGACUUGGAAAGUUUAAAUCGAAAAUACAUAGCAUUAAAUGGGAGAGUUCAUUGUACCAGGAAUUGUUUAAAAACCGAAGUGUCUUGUCGCUUGUAUACAACAUUGAUAGAUACAACAUGUACACGCUAAAGACUCGGGUUACUGGAACUGUAGGUCUUACUUCACUUGAUGAUCCGAUUGAAGUGACAGCCGGUCGCUUAUUGGUUAGACCCGCCACAAGAAAGCUACCAGCUCCUUUUUUUGUGCAUUACAAACAUAAAGUUAUAACAAUAGACUUCUCCUCUGGGUUAAAAAGCACAAAAGAUGGAGAUAUGAUUCCAAGACACUUAGAUCUGGCCGUUAGACUGCGUUCCAGGUUUCCAUUCCUAUACCUACCCCAUUACCACAGUCGUAUAAUAUACAUUGGUUCGGUCCCGUACUACUUAAUCACGCGCAAUGGCGACUUAUCUUCCAAAUACUUUGGGACAAACAUGGAUUGGUAUUUUAAAUACGGUGGAAUAUUUGACGUGGAUAUUUCUCAUUUAUCAUGGGGAGAAAUGGAAAUACUUAAGUACCAGGAGUUAAAUGUGGUUAAAGAGCACAGUAACGGCACUUACAGUUUAUUAAAAGAAGAGAACUUCCAGGGUGUGCAAUUUAGUAUGUCCAACCAAAUGUCAAUGCGACUAAAUGUUGGACAAUCCAAGCAAUAUGUCUCGUAUGCAUCAAGAUAUAACAAACCCCUCGUGAAUGCAGAGAUGGAAUAUUUUCCUUCUGAACAAAGUGGCUUGUCAGAUUGUGACAGAAACUGUAGCAUGAAGCUGUCGGUUCCUACCGAUGUUAUUUUGGUGCAACCCCUAUCUCGCUACACUGACUAUUCUGGUAGGAUUAUACAUAAUGUAACUGCUGUGAAGAAUCCCAAUUCACCAAGAAGUUGUGGAAUUGAUGGCCAAUUGUAUGUUAUGGGAAUCAUAUUAAAAGUCAAGAUAUCAGGGGUAGAAUAUAGUUACAUAGUUAAAUCAGAAACCCCUAAGAAUGUGAAUGUAAAACUAUAUAGUCCCCACCAUUAUGGGCUCAUACGUGUCUAUGACCAGACAGAGGAGAUUGUUUGUCCAACCUGGAUGGAUGUAAGAGAGAUAUUCCAUCGUUAUUACAACCUUUACCCAAUCAUGUGGAAGAAUAAGAUUAUUAACCUUCGAUCAUAUGAUGAAGUGCGGAGAAAUUUUAAGAUGUUGCAAAUCUCAAUGUUUGAGAGGGAUUUUGAUAACGCAAGAUACAUGCCAGCUUCACGUGAUUUAUCGCUGAGUAAGCAAAAAUUAAUCUGGAACUGGAUGCAAUGUGGAAUGAAGUAUGGCAAUGAAACUGAAGAUGCAUUAUACAAUACUUGCCAACAUUUUGACUCCAACCUCAAAACAUUGAAGCUUCUUCUACAAAAAGCUGUGUUCCUUGAGCUAACCACAAUCCCCCCAUAUUUCACUGCAUGGUUAAGUUUACAAACUGAAUAUGCAAGGAAUCUUAAAGUAGCUAAUGUCCUCAAAUCAAUCUACACUGAAGAGAUGCUUCAUAUGUCACUUGCCGCAAACUUUCUUAACUCAAUAGGUGGAACAGUGAAGCUUGUAGACUUGGAGAGAAUNCCUGAUUUAUUUGAAAUAGUUGGUUUAUGGAAGAUGCUCCCUACUGCCUCUGGUGACCAAUUUACAGCCAACAUGGACCAGCUGAUCAAAGAAUAUGAAACACAAUAUCAGGAUGUCAGUGACAACCACGAAACUUUAGAUGCCACGGAAAAGUUACAACUUCUAGAGAAGUGGCGCACUAUAAUGGGAAAGGCAAAGAAAUUGACACUCAACACUAAGGAUCCUGUUAAUUCAGUUGGUGCUUUAUAUUUAGAGAUUCUAUUUCUUACUGUUUCUCUGGAGUCGUGCGCUAAAAUUGAUGGGUUAAACAAUAAAGGGCCUGGAACUAUAUUUGUAGGCGAUCCAAUUAAACAGUUGAAUAUGUCGUAUUGGUAUAAUCCCGUGAAGAAAAGUAAAUUAGAGGAAGAAAUUGCUUUUUGGAACACUGAGAUGUCAAAAGAAGAACUUGUCCUCAACGAAAGACAAACAAGUUUCAAGAUCCAGAGAGUUGAGCGAGAUUCUUUUCCGCCAGCAUCAGAUCUUGUCUCUCCUCUUUUCCCCAUCACUGAUCUUAAGUCUGCCAUUCAAGGGGUUGUUGAGAUCAUUUAUCAGGGUGAAGGGGGAAGUCCAUGUUCACCCUUUAAGUCAGCCAAGCCUGGUGGAUCUCUGUCACUCCAGACUUCUCAUUAUGUGAGGUUCAUGGAGAUUGUACAAGGUCGGAAGUUGGUUCAAAUGAAAAGACCAUCGGUUGACAGUGGGAUAUCAUGUUUGAACCUCACACUUUUCGACUGUCCAAACAAACUCAAAAGUGAUGAAGCGUUCUGCUUUGCAGGGGAUGAAAUAGCAUUUUAUGAAGAUGGUGUAUGGCCAAUUAUAAAGAACCCCACUACAACCAUGUACAAACCAGGGACAGAUGCUCAUUUACACAACUAUCAAUUCAACUUGCACUACACCUCAUUACUAAAAUGUUUAGAGACCUCAUUCAGCGGGAACCCCGCUGAAAUGCAAUGGUGCAUGAGCUACAUGCACGAUAUGAUAAUCACCGGAAAACUUUUAGUUCAAACACCUCUAGAUGCCACUAGAGAAACAAUAACACCACACAAACCAUGCAAUAAGUGCCACGGCACGCCCACAUGGACAUUUAUAAGACCUCAGAACGAAAGAGAUGGAUUAUUGUAUGAACAGGUUCCACAAAGUCAGUGA